AACAAACGCAAAUUUUACGACGUAAAAUUAUGUUAUCACCAGUAUACUACCCUGAGUCAACUUCCUGGUUUUAUUUUCAGACAAAAUGUCACGAUCUCUUUCAAAAUCACCCCGACCAUAGAGCUUAAAAUCUGAAACAUCAUGGCUAGCAUUGCAGACAAGUUUAAGAAGCGCAAUGCAAAGGGGAACAUGUCUGUUGAGUGGUCAAGGACAGGAACUUUCCUUCACAAGCCGGAGAGAGGCUGGAUCCAUCCUGACGAACAGCUUGCUUCUGAUGCUGGUAUCUGCUAUGGGGUCAGGUACAUAGGCUGCCUUGAGGUGAAGGAGUCUAUGCGGAGUCUUGACUUUGACACACGAACUGCACUUGCCAGGGAAGCCAUCAACCGAGUUAGUGAGGCUGCAGGGCUCAAGUCAGCCAGCAAAAGGAAAAAGGUGGAAAAGCGAAUAUCGCGGAUGCUUGGGGACAUGCCGUGUAUGCAGUAUGCCGGGUCCAACGUGAAUCUGACCAUCACAAUAGAGAGUAUCAACCUUAUGGUGAUGGAAUCUGGCGAGGUUAUAGCGGACCACCUGAUGCCAGGGAUCUCAUUUGCCUCAGGUGGAGAUGCUGAGACUCUGGACUUUGUGGCAUACGUGGCAAAGGACGAGGUGAUGGGGCGGGCAUGUCACGUGUUAGAGUGUGGUGGCGGGCUCUCUGAGGAUGUUAUUACCACCAUAGGACAGGCGUUUGAGCUGCGCUUUAAGGAAUAUCUCAAGAAACAACCUAAACCUGUGCACAGAAUUGAACACACAAUAAGAGAGGAUGAUGCGUGGGGCAAUGACAAUGACAGCGAGUAUUACAACGACAAUCCUGGCGCCCGGCCCCCAUCACCAAAACUCCGGGUCCCAUCGGAGUAUUCCUCUCCUCCCAGCAACCUGCCUGUGAGUGAUGGUGUGUACUCCUCCGUACGAGAGCCGCCCGAGCCCUUAAAGGGGGCGGCCUUAUAUGAAACCGCUAAAGAAACACCCCUGAUAGACUUUGGGGACGGAAAAAAUGUCUAUGAUAACAAAUCACAGAAUAACCCAGGGGAGGACGGUCGUGAGGAGUCUAACCCUGCAAACCGAGGUCUCUAUGACAACCACAAGUUGCAUGGGCAACAGGAAGCAGCAAGCAACGACCCAUUUGAUAUGGAGCCAUUUAGCUCCAGUAUAUCGAAUGGUCACAUUGAGAGCAAGCCGCCAGGAACAACUGCAGCCAGCAAGAACAUCUCCCCGAUAUUUGAGGAGUGGUUCCAUGGGAACCUGAGCAGGAAAGAGGCUGAGAAGAUGUUGUUAAAUGACGGAGACUUCCUGGUGCGCCAGAGCUCAGCCGACACAACGCAGUACGUGCUGAGUGGGCGGCAGAAUGGAGCCAUCAAGCACCUGCUGCUGGUUGACCCUGAGGGCGUGGUGCGGACGAAGGACCACUCUUUUGACAGUGUGCCACACCUGAUCAACUUCCACAGAACAAAAGACAUUCCCAUUGUAUCCCAGGAGAGUGAACUCCAUCUCAAGAACCCUAUCAGCAACAAGCUCACCAUGUGUUAAUAGUUGAGCCAGACUAUGAUCUGACCCUGGAUACUCGCAUGCCUCUCAGAAGAAAGCUGACAGUGUGACGCUAAUAAUGCUGUGAUUCUCUCUUUGGUUGCCAUUACUUCUGAAUAUGAAUGAUAUAUAUAUAUAUAUACACUCAUUUAUAACCUAUGAACUUGCCCAUUUAUCUGUGAGUUUCAGUCACUGUCCUGCAAUAAAACCUGUGUCAUGAACCAUGUGUGAGCACUAUUCAUGAACCAUGUGUGAGCACUAUUCAUGAACCAUGUGUGAGCACUAUUCAUGAACCAUGUGUGAGCACUAUUCAUGAAUCAUGUGGUUUGGUUUAGGUUGAACCAGCAUCUGUCUGAGCGUAUGUUUACUGAGGACUUGUUCUCAAGCUUAGUCAGACGACUGGUGUACAAGGGACUCAAAGUAGCCGCUAUGCUGAAAUGUGUCAAAAGCUACUGGUAUAUAGAUUAUAUUCAAAAUACGGUCUUUAAUCGAAGCUGUAUUCUUGGUUAGUGUUCAAAACACACCUAUGCAUGCACUGCUGAAGUCCAUGUUCAUGAUGCAGUCACCUUAUCUUAAUGCUAUAAAUGAUUCAAAAUAGAUCUGUUAUUAAUUUCAUUAUCUCAAAAAAACAUAGCCAUUAUCUUGAGACACAUUGACCAUACUUACCAUUAGUGUAUUUAAGAGCAUUUAAAGUGAUAGAUGGCAACUUACUUAUCCUUAAUUGUUAAAUAUUUUAACAUAAUAAAACUAGCAUCAAUCACAACAUGUAUAAUUUUGUAUGAUUCAUGGAACACUUAUACAGCACUUAAAAUGUAGCAUGUUUCUCAUCAAAUGCUGAUGUUUUUCUAACGGGGUCAUUUUUGCAAUUUGUAGCAAAAAUAUUCUUUAAUGAAAGGCAAUGGAUUGUCUCAUUAGAACCAGGGAUAUACCACAAAAACCCUCAUACAAAUUGUCCAUUGUUUCCUUUCUCAUAUAUUCAUGCGAGUCAUAUUGUUGUUAGAUUUCAUUGUUACACAUUCCUUCAUGUUGUCCAAUCUUUGUCAUGUUUGCAUGAACUGGUCCUAUGUAUUUAAUCAUUUACAUUACAUUGUAUUGUAUUGUUGAACAUUAAUAUGUAUGUCUUGUGAGACCAUUAUUUAAUGGUGCCUUUCCUAACUUACUAGAAGGAAAAUCAUGUUAAUAUAAAAAACAUUUACAAAUAAAAACAGUUUCUAAUUAGGGACUGAAGUCAUAGACUGACACUCAGAGUUUGUGCAGUUUUUAUUCAUUAUGUAUGUAUUAUUAAUAAUUACUUGGCAUAAUAUCAAAAAUAAAGAUAUGAUAGUUGGACAUAUGUAAACCAAACUAAUUCAUUGAUUUCAUGUAUGUUUCUUUUCUCACAAUCAGUUUUUUCAGUCUGCUCAAUGAUACUCGUGUAGGAAAGUUUGAGGAAGGGUAAAUGUAAGGUUAAGACAAACUCGGCAAGAUAUUGUUCUUGUAAUUUGUUGUUGUUUUUAAAUGUAUACCCAUACACUCGAGAGUAAUCAGCUAGUUUCUAUUUCAUUCCAUGGAGCCUUUCCUAAUCUCUCUUCGUGCCACUAAUCCUCAUAUUUCACAGUUGUUCAUACUAACUUCCACCUUCUGCUACAGUGGUUUGUUAAAUAUAAACUGCCUACAUGCUUAUAAUGAUUUUUGUAAAAUUUUAAGUUUGAAGAAUUUUUUUAUAUGUAUUUUUUCACAUAACAUUUUUGUAAACAGUGUUGUUUCUUAACCAUUUCUAUUAGACAUUUAUAUAUCUGUUGUUGAUGAUAAUAAAAUGUUAAAAGUAUAAAAA